AUUAGUUCCUCGUCAAAAUCUCCAAGUACAAAAAAAAUACCUUUUUUCUUCACAACCCAUCCCUCUUCUCUUCUUUAUUAUAUAAAAAAAAUGGAUAAAAGAACAUGUGAUUCUCAAGAUGUUGAAGUUAGGAAAGGUCCUUGGACUAUGGAGGAAGAUUUAAUUCUCAUCAAUUACAUUGCUAAUCAUGGUGAAGGUGUUUGGAAUUCCCUUGCUCGAUCCGCUGGUUUGAAGCGUACUGGAAAAAGUUGUAGACUUCGAUGGCUUAAUUAUCUCCGACCUGAUGUUCGGAGGGGAAAUAUUACACCAGAAGAACAACUGUUGAUCAUGGAACUACAUGCCAAGUGGGGAAACCGGUGGUCAAAAAUUGCAAAGCAUUUACCUGGAAGAACAGAUAAUGAGAUAAAGAACUUUUGGAGGACAAGGAUUCAGAAGCACAUUAAGCAAGCAGAAAACAUGAACAGAAGAUCAUCAAAUAUUUCAGAGCACAACAAUAUUCAACAAGCAAGUACAAGCCAAACAUCUACUAGUCUUGCAGAUUCAAUCGAAACUUACUCUGGAAAUAAUAAUAACAAUAAUAAUAAUAAUAAUAAUAUGGGCACUACUUUUCAUCAUCAGGGCAAUUUUCCAAAUGAAAAUAUUUGGAGCAUGGAGGACCUUUGGUCCAUGCAAUUGCUUAAUGAUGCAAACAACUAAUUAAUAACUAUCAAUUAAUUAAUUAAGCGGCUAGCUAGUUACCUACUAUAUGUAAAGUG